AUGGCGGAGCUGGCUCGAUGGCAAUGGGACGAUGCUGGAACUUGGCGCGACUUUGCGGAGCAGUGCCAGGCGCAGAUGGAAGCGGCCCACCAGCGCCGCGAACGGAGCAUCGAGCUGGAGAUCCCUCCCUUCGGCACCUUCCGAAUGGACCUGCAGAAGCUUACGCAGAGCACGGUGCGUGGCCGGAACCCUGGCUACGAGCGAGAAAUCCGGCGACAAGUCCGGAAGAUCGAGCUUGGCUACUUCCUGCUGGGCUACGAGGGCGAGAUCUGCGCCUCUGACUCCUUGGUGGAUUGUAUGGAGGACAUUGAGGUCCUGGAGAAGCUCGCGAAGGUCUUGAGGAGAAUUUCCGAAGAGCCCGAAGAGUUCACCUUCCGGAGCCUGAACUUAGUGGAUGACGAGUUCAGGGACAAUCUCGGCUCCAAUGAAGAAGCCCAGCAAUUCCUGGAGGAAUUGGGUUUCGAGCUGAUUGAGGAGGAGCCGCAGCAGUUCCUGGUCUACAUGCAGGAGCAGGUGGAGGGCAUCCGAGCAGCGCAGAAGGACGUGGAGGGCAGGCUCCGGAAGCUCGGAGUGGUGAAGAAGGACUCAAACGUUGAAAGCAACGUCGAAUCCAACGCCGUGGAGUCUAACACAGUCGCAGAGUCCAACACUGUUGAAAGCAACAAGGUGGAGACCAACUUGCCGAGCAAUCCCAUGCAACAGGUCGCGAGUCCUAUGAUGGCGCCAGCUGCAGCGGAGAGCGCGACGCCCGCCAGCUGCGAGGUCCAAGUAGUUCUACCCUCCGGAGAGACACGGAAGAUUGAGCUGCUUGGAGAUGCCACGCUGGAGCAGUUUUUAGAGGCGGUAAAGGCAGCUGUGCCUGGCUUGCGGUUGCCCUGCAUCAAGCAGCAGGAGCAGCAAGAGCAGUGGCCAAGACUAGAGGCGUCCCUGUCGGGAGGCAAGGACAAGAAGAGGAAAGGCAAGGGUAAGGGCGGGAGCAGCAAGAAGGGAGGCAAAUGGAACUCCGCUCACCGUGCGCCCGAGCCGCCGAAGACGGAGAACACGAUGCCAGAGAGCGCGGACCCGGUGAUGCACCAAGCGCCCAUGCUGGACAUGUGCCUGGCCGCCGAGCCGGGGGCCCAGGCCUGGAGUGAGCCUUUGGAGGGCCUGCCGGAGCGCUAG